AUGUCGAACCCCGCGCAACCCUACGAACCCUCUCGACGGACGACCGUCUAUAGCCGCCAGCCAGAGGAGCUUCAUAUCCCGUCCGGGCCCCAGGCCAGUUCAAAUAUGCAGCGCCAAUCGAUGUCUCACGAAUUAUCGCCAACUACUGAGCCCCCAAUGAACAAUCUCCCUUCCAUUAAUGUCCAGCCUUCGAGCGCCAAACCAAGCCACUACGCGGCCGGUACCAGUAGUGGCAGCGGUGCUCUCCCAGGAGCACUCCAACCAGGGAACGUGAACCGUCCUCCAGCAGUGUCUAUGAACACAGCGCCUUCUGCGCUCCCAACGCUUACCCAACUGUCUACCCAGCUGCAACCGCAGGCAUCGCAACAGCCACAACAACAGCAGCCACCGACGACCCCUCGUUCGGGCAUGGUCAAUUCGCACGGCCAUUCCAGAUCCAGUCCUUCGAACCUCGAGCAACCCAAAUAUAGAUCGCACGGAGGGACGGAGAAUUCCAGAUAUGGAUCAUCACCCGGUGCGGGUUUCCAGCCUCAUACUCCGCAAGGAGCGAAAUACUCCCCGCUUGGGUUGGCCGAUAUACGUCCGUCGGGAGAUCUUCUGAGCGACGCACUCCACAGUCCGAGCAUGCCCCCAAUUAAUGGAGAUACUCAGGUUCCAACGAAUAGCAACUAUAUCGCCCCUUGGCCCGUAUAUGCAAUGGAUUGGUGUAAAUGGCCAAUUUCAGGAAGCCCGGGCUCCUUUGGCGGCAAGAUCGCACUAGGAAGCUACUUGGAAGAUAACCACAACUAUAUACAAAUCAUUGAUACCCAUUUGACACAACCAGACCCGGAUACACCAGAUCUCGCGCCUGGAGACAUGAAAAUAGAGUAUGUCAAAACCGCCGAAGCCACACAUUCUUAUCCCGUCACGAGAAUCCUCUGGGAGCCGCCCUCGUCCCAGAAGCAAUCGACGGACCUACUCGCGACAUCCGGCGACCACCUACGACUGUGGUCACUACCCACUACCCAGCCCUUGCAUAGCUCUAACUCGAUCACACGUCCUGCAAAUCAGCGGGAUCCCCCGGCUGCCAAGCUUUCUCCCUUAGCAUUGCUAUCAAAUUCAAAGUCUCCCGAACAUACUGCCCCUAUCACCUCUCUCGAUUGGAAUACGAUCUCUCCCAGCUUGAUCAUCACCUCGAGUAUCGACACAACAUGCACAAUUUGGGACAUUCCUACGCUCACAGCCAAAACACAGCUGAUUGCGCACGACAAGGAGGUAUAUGACGUUCGAUUCUGUGCGAACAGCGUCGACGUCUUUGUUAGCUGCGGCGCUGAUGGUAGUGUGCGCAUGUUUGAUUUGCGCAGCCUGGAGCACAGCACGAUCAUCUACGAGCCGACUGAGAAGAAUGACAAAUCAUCACCACAUGAUGCUCACCUCCUAGCAACAUUUUCUCAAGACUCCAACAUCGUCCGUGUACUCGAUGUUCGGCAGCCUGGCCAAGCCAUCCUCGAGCUCAAAGGCCACUCCGCACCCAUCAACUGUGUCGAUUGGUCCCCCAACAGACGGGGUGUCCUCGCCUCCGGCGCAGACGACUGCUUUGUCCUCCUGUGGGAUCUAAUCAACCAGCACAAUGCCGCGCCUGUGGCCCCCGUCGUGCACAAUCCAGGCACACCAUCAACCACCUCCGAACGAGGGCCCGCUGCGGCCUGGCAAUGCGAUUAUGAAGUCUCGAACCUUAGCUGGUCUCCCCAAGGGGGGACGACCAGCUCUGGUCACCCGAGGGAUUGGUUAGGAGUCUGUGGUGGCCGAGGCGUGUGGGGAGUUGCAUUAUGA